CCUAAAUCAUUAACACUAAAAAUGGACGGUCUCGAUGAAUUUGAAAAGUCGCUCGUUGCAGAGAAAACUGAGCGAGAACGGUUAGACGAAAAGAAACAUCGUAAGCAUAAACAUCAUCAUCGACGAGAUCAAUCAACCGAACGCGACCGCGACCGUGAUCGCGACAGCCACCAUCAUAGUCGUCGAAGAUCACGCGAUCGUCGCGAAAACGAAGACAAAGAUGGGCAUCGACAUAAGCGAUCCCGUCAUUCCAAAGAAGACGAGCACCAUAGCAGACACAGACACCAUAGAGACGAGCGUGAUGAUUUAGAUCGACGGCAUCGACAUAAAAACGCAUCCGAUGCCAAGGAAGACCUGCUGUUACCCGACGAGGAGCCGACUCCGGGAGACUUGGAGAAAUCAGAGGGGACGAGUUCAAAGCCUGCCCGAGACUCUUGGAUGACAGCUCCAUCUGCGCUUGAUAUUGAUUAUACCCAGAAAGGCUCCAAAUCGUCUAAGCGUCCUCCACCUCCGAGUGAGGCACCGCAGAGGGAAAUUCACAAGCGAGAAAUAAAUGCGGUCCAGUUACAGGAACUUAAUAGUGGCAAGACCAUUGACGAGAUUGAAUUACCAGAACAGCACGAGGUCGAUUACACAUUUGGUGAUAGCGGAUCACAGUGGAGAAUGACCAAGUUGAACGGCGUCUACAAUACUGCUGAGAAGACUGGGAGAUCUUUAGAUGAGGUCGCGUUAGAACGAUUCGGCAGUCUGCAAGACUUUGAUGAUGCGCGUGAGGAGAAGAUCGAGAUAGACCGGCGCAAACUUUACGGUGAAGGCUACGUAGGCAAGGAGAAACCUAGCGGGGAGCUAUUUGAGGAAAGGAAGCUAAACCAGGCCAUUCACGAGAAGCGACAAACUCCACUAGAAUCAACAGACGUAGACCUGGGCGCUGUCACUCCUGAUGAGGCAUCAGCUGGCGUGGCAAUACAAAUCGAUCAAACUACGUUGAAUCGGUUGAAAGCUCAGAUGAUGAAAGCAAAGCUGAAGAAGGCACCGGACGCUGCCAAACUAGAGGCAGAAUACAACGAGGCAGCCGCAGCUUUUGCGUCGAAGGGUCCCGAGGCGGUUGUCCUUAACAUCAUGGAAAAUCGCAUGUUGGCGGGAACCCGUGGAGAGGUCAAGGCCGUUGAGACAAGACGCGGUCGUGAAAGAGGACUCGUAGAGCAAAAUGAAGACAUGUCGAUCGAAGAUAUGGUUCGGGAAGAGCGGCGAACGAGGGGCCAGGGAGAUGGCAUACGCCUAGCGGAGCGAAUUGCCAAGGACGUCAAGUUCGACGAUGAUCUCGAUUACAUGGACGAAAACGCCGAGAAAUUAGCCAAACGUGUGCAGAAAUCCGAGAUUAACCUUAAGAACCAAGCUGUGGGCGAAUUCCAAAAGAUCAAUAAAAUCCUAGAUAAUUGCCAACUUUGUCACCACGAAGACCGCAAUCAACCACCGAUCGCCCCUAUAGUCUCGUUAGCAACGCGAGUAUAUCUAACAUUACCUACAGAGCCCGAGUUAAGCGAAGGCGGUGCUGUUAUCGUGCCUAUCCAACAUCGAAAUAAUCUCCUGGAAUGUGAUGACGACGAAUGGGAGGAGAUUCGCAAUUUCAUGAAGUGUCUGACGCGGAUGUUCCACGAGCAAGGUCGGGAGGUGGUAUUCUACGAAAACGCGGCAGCCCCUCAAAGGCAUAUGCAUGCCGCUAUGCAAGCGGUGCCUAUCCCGUACGAUCAAGGAGAUACAGCGCCGGCUUUUUUUAAGGAGGCAAUGCUCACGGCGGACGAAGAAUGGUCACAACACAAGAAGAUUAUCGACACGGGUAAGAAGGCACGCGAAGGUCUUGGCAAGUUAGCUUUCAGACGAUCUAUCGCUAAGGAGAUGCCUUACUUCCAUGCAUGGUUUACUUUGGAUGGAGGGCUGGGCCACGUAAUAGAGGAUUCUAAUCGGUGGCCUAGAGGCGAUCUGUUUGCAAGGGAGAUAUUAGGCGGCAUGCUGGAUGUUGAACCAAAUAUCAUCAAGAAACAAGGCCGAUGGCACAAAUCCGACACACGAGUCGACGGAUUUAGAAAACGCUGGAGGAAGUUUGACUGGACGAGAGUACUUGCUGAUGGAUAAGGUCUCUUGUCUGAGCAUAAAUCAUAUACAUGUUUCCACAUACUCAAACACGUUGGUUAGUCUAUGAAGUGUAAUAAAAUGAAGCGCCAGGACGAAAGGUCUAGACCGUAACAAUGAAAAAUAAAGUAAAGCAGCUUUCAGGAACUCAUAUUUGACUAAACCGGUUUUAUGCCAUAGCGAGACCAAUAAGAAUCAUACAGCCCUUCAUAAGAUCCCCUGCGUCCAAAUUGUCGUAGAAUGUCUCAUAGAAUCUUUGACAAUAGACAAUUAAGACAACCUUGAACAUGAACAUGAG